GAGAUACUCCAUAGAGAGAGCAGACUCCCUUUCUUCUUCCUUUCUUUUGUGUGAGAGUAAAGAGAGGUCCUUUGUGGAGAGUUGAGAUAUUGGUGUGCUAUAGCUUCCUCCUAGAGUGGUGUGUGAGAGUGUGUAGAUAGACCUGAGCCGGAGACGGAUAUACCAUCCUUACAAAUGUGUCUGCAAAAAUGAGUUCUGAAUUCUGAACUCCACCGGAAGACAUGGAGACCGGGAAUAAACCGACGAAUGGGAGUAACAACGAGUCGUUGAAAAUGGCUGUAGCUAUGGCGCUUAUUCGAUUAAAGCUUUCGCACGCUAACCACCCUCAGCCGCCCCAGUCGUCUUCAUCGUCUGCUCCUCUAUCAGACGUUCUGAAAUGGAAGAGAAAGGCCAAGGAACGCAAGCUAGAAAUUGCUAGACUUAGAGAAGAACUCAGAAUCUCAGAAGACGGUAUGCAGCAGGAUAUAUUUCCGCAUGGUGCAUUGUGCAAGUGCUACUUCUUUGAUAAUUUGGGCCAAUUGAAUCCUAUUAGAACUGGAGAUGACAAUGAUCAGAGAUUCAGUGACGUCUUGCACCGUAGCUUUCUCAGACAAGUUAGAACAAAUGAGAGAAAGAGAAGGUUGCCUGAAGCUUCAAAAGCAAGAGAAUAUGUGUCAGAAUAUAGUAAUGAUGGUGAAAUUGAGAAACUACGGGCUUCUGUUGAUUUUCUAGUGGAGACAUGCCAUGCUCUUUCUCAAGCCAGACUGGAUGAGUGUAAAUUCAAAAACUGGUCUCACCAAGCUGUAGACUUUAUUCUUGAUGCGGUGAAGACCACAUCGGCAAUGGGAGUCAAUUUUCCUGUUGAAGAUGUUGUAAGUAGCUUAAUUACGCGCCUAAUGAAAAUCAUGUGCAGUGCAACAAAAGGAGAUGAAGAUCAAGCAGGGACUGAUGUAAGGUUCUACGUUCAGCAUUUAAUGCGAAAACUUGGAAGUGACUCUUCUAUUGGGCAGUGUAUACUCCUUUCUGCUUCUCAGAGAAUUUCCUUAGUUGCUGAAGGGUUGCUCUUCAUGGAUCCGUUUCACAAUGCCUUUCCAGAUAUGCACCACUCUAUGUACCUGUUGAUCCAGCUCAUUGAGUUUCUGGUGUCAGAUUACCUACUAACCUGGUCAGCCAGUGAAGACUUCGACACAAGGCUUUUUGAAGAAUGGGUGGUGUCAGUUCUGCGAGCAAGGAAGCCGCUGGAACUACUGGAAUGCAGGAUUGGGCUUUAUGUGUUGUACAUGGAUCGUGUGAUUGGACUUAUAGCUAAACAAGUUUUUCGGCUUCGCACUUGCGGGCUUUGAGAAGGAAUCAUGGGCUUUGGUGGACUGUUGCGCCGCAGGUUGUUGAUCGACAAGUAUGGAAGGUUUCGAACGCAACAGGGCAUCGGCUCAAGCGUUUUGGAGGUAAGCAGACAGAAGCAGAUUUGGAUCGCGCUGUUUUGCUCGGGUUAUGGUCUCCUCGCUUGUGCUACUAGUUUCGAUUGGGGAGACUUCAUUAAGCGUGGAUUCCGGGUUCACUCGUGCUAUAAUCGGGAUGUCAUUGGAAGCUGUGGUGGUGGGUUUGCAGGGAAUAUUUCAAGAUGAAUGGUUGAUGAUCCAUUUCCCUCCUGAACCACCGCCGAGGAUGAUGUUCGAAGCAUGAAUUCAAUUG